CUCUGCCGGCGCCAUUUUGGACGCUCACCGCCGGGGGGGCCGGAGCGGGGCCGCCCCAGCCCCGCCGCGGCCGCGCCGCCGCCGCCUCCUCCAUCCGCCGCCAUCGCCGCCCGCCGCCGCCGCCCGCCCCGCGCCGCCCGCCCCGCCCGCGCAGCCCGCUCCGCCCGACCCGCCGCGGCCGCUAUCGCCAGCACAACAUGGCAGGAGCUGGAGGAGGAAAUGACAUUCAGUGGUGUUUUUCUCAGGUGAAAGGCGCUGUAGAUGAUGAUGUAGCAGAAGCGGAUAUAAUUUCUACAGUAGAAUUUAACCAUUCUGGAGAGUUGUUAGCAACAGGAGACAAAGGAGGGAGAGUUGUCAUCUUUCAACAGGAGCAGGAGAACAAAACCCAGUCUCACAGUAGGGGAGAAUACAAUGUUUACAGUACCUUUCAAAGCCAUGAACCAGAGUUUGACUACUUGAAAAGUUUAGAAAUUGAAGAGAAGAUCAACAAAAUUAGGUGGUUACCCCAGAAAAAUGCUGCUCAGUUUUUAUUGUCUACAAAUGAUAAAACAAUAAAGUUAUGGAAAAUCAGUGAAAGGGACAAAAGACCCGAGGGUUAUAAUUUAAAGGAGGAGGAUGGACGGUAUAGGGAUCCUACUACAGUUACAACACUACGGGUGCCAGUGUUCAGGCCCAUGGACCUCAUGGUGGAGGCCAGCCCACGCAGGAUAUUUGCCAAUGCCCACACGUAUCACAUCAACUCCAUCUCCAUCAACAGCGACUAUGAGACGUACCUGUCUGCAGACGACCUGCGGAUCAACCUGUGGCACCUAGAAAUCACUGACAGAAGUUUUAACAUUGUAGAUAUCAAGCCUGCCAACAUGGAGGAGCUGACAGAGGUGAUCACAGCUGCAGAGUUCCACCCCAACAGCUGCAGCACGUUUGUCUACAGCAGCAGCAAAGGCACAAUUCGCCUGUGUGACAUGAGGGCAUCAGCCCUCUGUGACAGACACUCAAAGUUGUUUGAAGAACCAGAGGAUCCUAGCAACAGAUCAUUUUUCUCUGAAAUCAUCUCUUCCAUAUCUGAUGUCAAAUUUAGCCACAGUGGUCGAUAUAUGAUGACUAGAGAUUAUCUGUCAGUGAAGAUCUGGGAUUUAAAUAUGGAAAAUAGACCUGUGGAAACAUACCAGGUGCAUGAAUACCUCAGGAGUAAACUCUGCUCACUGUAUGAGAAUGAUUGCAUUUUUGACAAGUUUGAAUGCUGUUGGAAUGGAUCAGACAGCAUUGUCAUGACAGGGUCCUACAACAACUUCUUCAGGAUGUUUGACAGGAACACGAAGCGAGACAUCACCUUGGAGGCGUCGCGGGAGAACAACAAACCGCGCACGGUGCUGAAGCCGCGCAAGGUGUGCGCCAGCGGCAAGAGGAAGAAGGACGAGAUCAGUGUCGACAGCUUAGACUUCAACAAGAAGAUCCUGCACACAGCCUGGCACCCCAAGGAGAACAUCAUUGCUGUAGCUACCACAAACAACUUGUAUAUAUUUCAAGACAAGAUGAAUUAGGGUUGGCAUUCCUAACUGAAGAGUCACUUCCUGCAUAGUUGAAAUAGUUGAAUCUAGCAUUUGUACCUGUAACAAAAGCAAGUGAGAGGUCCAUUAUGGCACCCCUUUCCAGUGUUUAAAAAUGUGCCAUAUGACAACACACUUUUAUAGCUCCAUGGAGAAGGCUCUGUGGUUCUGUUGUCUCCGUUCCUGCUAGCCAUUUAGGUGAGGAUAGGGCACUUUUUAAUUUAAAUGACUACUUGCACCAUCUUGCCUAAUGGACUAGACUGGACUGUCUCAACAUCGGUUUACUCCACUUUUUAUGCCUUCCAUUGUGAUGACGUCAGACACAGGGAAAGCCUUCAAUCAUGCUAUGGGAUUUAAUUGUGUAACCUCAUUACUGUAUCAUUCGUGGCCCCCUUUUUUUAUUAAAUACAGCUCAUUCUUGCUGUGGCUUGUAGCAUUCCUCCUCCUUCUGGCCUCCUGGACUCCCCCUUCCCCCUCGUCCCCCCUCCACCUCGCCUUGGUGGUGGUGUAUGGAAAAAAAAUAAACAAAAUAAAGCACAUAAAAUGGGUCCUUUUGGGGUCAGUGGUAAAGGGGGUCUGUGUUGCAACAAGUGUUUUAAUAAACAGUUGACUGUAAUCACUCCUUGCCAUGUCUGGCACCAAAAAAAAGAGAAAAUAAGGAAAAAAACAAACUACUGAAUAAAAGUGACAAAGAAUGGAGAA